AUGUCUUUACCUGGAGACCGUCGAGAAAUUGUCAUUGUUGGUGGUGGUAUCAUUGGAUGUUGUUCUGCCUAUUUCCUCACGAGACAUCCUUCAUAUGACCCAGCUCGACACAAAAUCACCCUGCUCGAAGCAAGCGACAUUGCAGGUGGAGCAUCAGGAAAAGCAGGAGGAUUGCUUGCACAAUGGGCAUACCCGGACAAUCUGGUGGGCCUCAGCUACCCGCUUCACCAGCAGCUUGCAAAGGAGCACGAUGGGAAAAACAGAUGGGGCUACAGAGAGACAAACUGUGGACAGGUCGUGGUCCGAGGCCGCACCAUGGCUGAGAUGAACAAGAAGGAGACCGGAGAUGGAAACCAUGAGUCGCUGCAAAAACGCAGCACGGCCGCCAUGUCGAAAUUAAAGGCGGCAAAGAUUCCCCAGGAUCUAGACUGGAUUGAACCUGAUCUCCUACAAGCUUACGAAAGUAUGAGUGGCCCUGGCGAGACAGCCCAGGUUCACCCAUACCUGUUUACUACAUCAAUGGCAAAGCUAGCAGAAGAAGAGGGCGCCGAGGUUAUUCUGGGACAGGUCACAGACAUCGCUCGUUCCAACGACACAGUCGAGUCCGUCUCGUAUAUUGAUAAAGCUUCAGGGGAGUCACGCACAAUCCCCGCUACAGAUGUGAUUGUCGCGGCUGGCCCAUGGACCAACACUGUGCUCCCCGAAGCUCCUAUUACCGCGAUGCGCGCACACAGUGUGGUCAUUCGGCCAACAAGACCAGUUAGUGCUUAUGCAUUGUUCACUAGCAUUGAAAUCCCCGCGAAUUUCAACCCGGCCAAGAAGUCUCGCCCAGUUGCGAGCGCGCCGGAGAUCUACGCGCGCCCUGAUGAUACAGUGUAUGCCUGUGGUGAUGGAGAUAAAGUUGUGCCUUUGCCGCCAACGUCUGUUGAGGUUGAGGUAGACUUGGAGCGUUGCCAGGAGAUCAUUGACCAUGUUGGUAGCAUCUCGGACGAGCUGCGCGGUGGUGAGGUCACUGUUCGCCAGGCUUGUUAUCUGCCAAAUUUCGCUGGUCCUGGAGGGCCAUUAGUGGGUCUUACUCAUACCAAGGGACUCUAUCUUGCUGCUGGUCAUACCUGCUGGGGUAUUCAAAAUGGCCCCGGAACAGGCAAGUUGAUGAGUGAAUUUGUGUUUGAUGGUCAGGCCGAGAGCGCCAAGGUUGCAUCUCUUGAUCCUCGUAACCAUCUUUAA